UACAGACUCAGAGCACAUCCUAGCACAAGAAGACACACUUCUGCAUCUUUCCACGGCGAACCCAGAUAUCUAUCUUACCAAGGCUACACUACAAGUUCUCACGGAACGCAUCGCGCACUUCCUCGGCACUCUCUAUCAGUCGGUUCGCGAGGCCACUACAAGGACAUUGUAGUGGUAUGUUCGUCAGGGCAACCUGCCGUAGCUGCCAUGUUCUACGGUAUCAUCGCUGCUGGAGGGGUUUUUUGGUUAGUUGUUAGUCGAGAUAAAAUCGAGGUUGGAAAGGAAGCUGCAAAGCUGAUCGGCCUAUCAUUAGUCCGUGUCGUGGUGCUUAAUAGUGAGCCGAAAUGGGAGGUAAGGAGUCUGGAAGGUGAAAAGAACAUGGAUGUUGAGAAUGGAGCGCGGAUGACCUGGCGGCGAGUCACGGAUGAAGAGGAGAUGAAGAGAAGUCUGGUUGUACUCCUGUAUAGCUCGGGGACUACUGGCGUGCCAAAAGGCGUAAUGCUCUCCCACCACAAUCUGCUCGCCCAACUCUACAUUCCCUCAAUCCAAGCCCGCGCACACGUCGCCGCCGCCGUCACAGCCGGCGAACCCACCCCUGCCCUUCAAGACCUUCGCGCAUCUCCCAAUAGCCCAUAUCGCUGGCUUUUUUGGCUACCUAAUCUCCCCAUUCUUUUCCACAGGCUCUGUGUACUGGAUGCCCAAGUUAGUUGGAUGCCAUUUCUGGAGUACUUCAAGAAGCUACAGAUCGCAGGGUUCUACACCGUGCCGAGUAUCUUUCUCCAGAUUGCGAAGAGCGCGGAUGUGACGGAUCAAUUUGAUAGCGUUGAAAUCGCAAUCACAGGCGCAGCACCGAUAGGUGCUGAACUACAACAGGCGGCGAAUAGGAAACUGGGAAAGGGGAAGACGAGGAUUAAUGGAAAGCAAAUGAACUGGCUGACCUUUUUUCAGGGCGCAGUAACAGCCAUGCCACGCGGCUCCUCCGACAUAACCGGCUCCAUCUCACCCGUCCUACCGAACAUGGAAAUGCGCAUCGUCGAUGACUAUGACGUGACCCCCGGGCAACCAGGCGAAAUUAUCGUUCGAGGCCCGUUCGUCACAAACGGCUACUUCGACAACGAAGAUGCUACAAAUGCGGCUUUCCAUGACGGAUGGUUCUGCACAGGAGAUAUCGCCGUUGACCGCGGCGGCAAGUUCUACAUCGUCGAUCGUAAGAAGGAACUAAACAAAUACAAAGUCCUGCAGAUUGCACCGGCGGAAUUUGGAAAUCAUUUGAUUAUGCAUCAGCAGAUUCUUGAGGCUGCCGUUGUGGGUGUACUGGUUGAGGGUGGCGGUGAGGUGCCAAGGGCUUAUGUGGCGCCGAGGAACCCGGGGGCUUUGAGUGAGGAUGAUGUUAAGGUGUUUGUGAAGAGUCAUUUGGCAGAGUACAAACAGCUCAGGGGAGGAGUCAUGUUUGUUGAUGAGUUGCCGAAGAAUGCGGUUGGCAAGAUUUUGAGGAGGGGGUUGAGGGAUAGGGCGAGAGAGGGAGAUGGAAUUAAGGCGAAGCUGUGAGGAGGGGUUUGAGCAAUGUUGCAUUGGUCACAUUGACGCAAGAAAAUGAUGAUUGAAAAAGAUUCUCUAAGUAUGUUAUUAAAGUCGCAUUCCAUCAUAGAGUAGCUAUAUCAUAUACGUCGUGCAUUGUGUCCAUUCCUUCCAUAAUCUCGUGAAUAGGGUAUUCUACCCUCGAUUGUCCAUUUUGUCUGGUCUCCUCCUUCGGCCUUCAUCUAUUCCCUCUGCAGUUAUCCUCAAAGAUCAGUCGACCUCCCAAUUCAAUUCAAAAAUCCGCCCUAGUGCUUUUCCUCC